AUGGAGCAACUCACUGUCACUGAACGUUCCGAGUACUGCGUUUCCUCCGAGACAUUUCCGCAGAAGGAGGUUUGUGAUAAGAACCAGGACUGGCUGGGCCUCUGGAGUGACCCCGAGACCACAUGGGAGCUUGAGCCUGCUAACAUGUCUUCCGGGUGCGACCAAUACCAUCUAGUCUCCCUCGACUUGACUCUUCACGACUCGCCCACUAAACUGCUCUGGCGGCCGGGCGAACGCGCCGCGAGCUUGCGCUUGGUUUUACUGCGUUCCGGAGCUGGGUAUGAUGAAUUUACAUUCUUCAGGGAGUCAAGUUCACAACUUCAGUAUGACAUGACAUUUCGGCGUGUGUCUGGUGUUUUAGGUGCCACUUGUGUUGUAGCGAGUGCCAGUCUCGAUGUGUCCUGCGCUUGUCGCAAAAAUCAGACGGAAAUUAACAGCUUCUACGUUGAAAGCUUUGACGAUGAUGGCACGAAGACUCCAAGCUACUUUUCCUUGGACUGUGAGGAUGACGCAGAUGGAAAGUCUGACUCAGAUACGGAGUGGGAAGUGCCUGUGUUUGCAGUAUAUGUAACGGCCAUCAUUUUGCUCCUUGAGAUUAUCUUCCUUUAAGAAGCCAAAUGAUCCAAAUCCUCCAGGAAGCCACGUCAAGUUCCUUUGAAGAGCAGUGCUUUAUUUAGAAGGGCAAGGCAUCCGGUUCCUUGGGAAAAACAAGUCGUCAAAUGGCCGUAAGUCUUAUAUGUGGAGCCCGUUCUUUUCCAGACACCCGAAAAUUCC